CAGCAGAGUCACUGUCACACCCCCAGUCUACUACUCUUCCAGCAAUAUUCUUCAGACUAUCACUAUGGUCUGUUGGUUAAAGGUCGAGUGAAGAAGAGCAGCGUCCCACUGGAGAGUGUAGGAAUCUCAGGAGAGAUCAAAGGAUAUGUAGCGUGUUUGGAGGCCACUCUUACUUAUCGUAACGGCUCUGAUGAUCCGCUGGAAGUGUCUUUUCGUUUCCCUGUGGAUGAGGGUGUAGCUGUAGUUGGUCUGGAAGCAAAGAUUGCUGGAAGGACAAUACGUGGAGUGGUACAAGAGAAAGAAGAAGCACGGGCUAAUUACGAUGAUGCCAUAGCAUCUGGACUGACUGCUGCAAUUGGUGAAGAGAAGACACAAGACAUAUUCAGCCUCUCUCUUGGUAACCUACCACCUAAAGGAGAAGCAGUCUUAGUACUCAAGCUAGUAGAAGAGUUACCACUGGAAGGAGAGUCGGUUAGAUUCUCAUUACCAAGUGUCUUGAAGCCUCGUUACACACCAUCUGGUUCUACUGACCCAUUAGCUCCUAUCCCUGCUACUGGUGGUAGCAGUGGAACAGGUCCAGCAAUAUCACAGUUUACAUUAACAGUGUCAAACAAUGACACUGUAUCAUCAGUCACCUCUCCUACUCAUAAUAUCAGUACUACCAUCAAUGAAGGAUCAACGGUCGUUAAUCUGAAGGAUCAGUAUCUAGUAAAGGAUCUUGUGUUGUUAAUCCAAUCAAAGGAUCCACACACUCCUCAUGCUACUGUGGAGGAAUCAUGUGGAGGGAGCAAUAGCCUUCUAUCCAGUCCUGCCGUUAUGCUGGACUUCUUUCCAAAGUUUGAGAGUCUUCAAGCAGCAUGUGAAUUUGUGUUUGUGGUCGAUCGCAGUGGAAGCAUGUCUGGGCAAUACAUUAACAGUGCUAAAGAGACUCUAGUUCUGUUUUUGAAGAGCAUUCCUCCCGGCUGCUAUUUCAACAUCAUUGGGUUCGGAUCAAUACUGGGCCGUCCGAUGGAGCACGUUAUUGGGUUUAGUGUGACUGGAGGAGAGAGUGAUAAUGGUAUGCCUGUAGUACAUCAACUAGCAGCUAAGGGUCUGAUUAGGGAUUGGGAAGGUGAAGGAGAUAAGAAGAAAGAUGAUAUCAUUAAAAUGAGCACAGAGUCAGGAGUAGUGUCCAGUUACACAGCAUAUAUAGCUAUUGAUGAGGAACAGGAUAAACCUAUAGCAGGAGCUCUGAAGACAUGGGAUCUCACAGGAAUAUCACUACUUGAGACAGAUAUGUUGUGUGGAUUUCAAUCGGCUCCACCUCCAGCGCCUCCAAUGGCCCUAGCCUCAAAUUUCCAGCCCAUGCUAGGGCCUACAAUGGCUUCUGGGGGAUCUUUUGGGGGUGGUGAUUUCUUUUUUGCACAGAAUUACAUGCUCUCCGGAGGUCUAGGAGGACCUGGUGGAGGUCCUCCUCCACCACCUGGUACUGCAUUCUUUAGUCCUCUAUCAGCUCCUCCUCCACCAAUGGGAGCUGGAUUUCCUCCUCCUCCACCUUCUUCUUUUGGUUUUUCCUUCAAUGCAGCUCCUGCUCCACCACCUCCUCCUUCUACUGAUUCGCUGAUUGAUUUAUCCUUUGAUGAUGUAGCUCCCGUAAGUUAUUCUUCAUUAGGUAUUACUCCUAGGAGUGCAGACUUGUUUGGUUCCACACCACCUAUGAAAUCAGCUGCCCGAAACAGUAGCAGUAGUAGCAGGUCCCAGCCUGGUCCUUCCGGUGGUUUGUCUCAGUUGAUAUCAUUACAGGCAGCAGAAGGAUUCUGGAUUCUAAAUGAUUCGUUGGCUUCUUUGACUGGAGUAUCAGUAUCAGUAUUGAAGUCAGCUUGUCCUGAUAGUGUAAGUGUUAAUGUGUGGGCUACAGUGCUAGCAUUAGUGCUACUAGAGAAAAGGUUUAAUAGUCAACGUGAUGAAUGGGAAUUGGUGGCUAUGAAAGCAGAGAUGUGGGUACAGGCUCAACCUUUGACCUCUACUAUUGAAUCUCUCAAAGCAAUUGCUUCAAAGACUCUUAAAUUUUAAGCAAUUUCUUUUGUUUUUUUUUCUUUUUAUAAACCUGUGUUAGUUUUUAGUGAAUUUGUAGUUGAAUGAAAAUUUUAUAUCUUUAUUAUUAAUUUUGGCUGAAAUAAUGAUAAUAAAUCUUUCUAAUGAUUUUGAUAGAUUCUAAUAGUAAUUUACUGAUUUGUUAUCUCAUAUUUCUCAGGUAUAAUCUAGUUCAAAAAA